AUGGUGUCGCAACUUUCAAGGGCUGAGGAUGAAGUGGCGUCUUUCGCAAAGGGUACUCUGUCUGAAAUUGAAAAGCGUCCCAGGACGCAACAAAUAGUCAUCGGUGCGGCCGCAGGGAUGGCCACCGGUUACGUAUUUGCUAAGAUUGGCAAAUCGAUCGCAUUCCUCCUGGGAGUCAGCGUGAUCAGCCUUCAGUUUAUCGCAGGACCUAAGAAGCGCUCAGCAGUAGACUGGCAACAAGUGGAAGAUGAUGCGCGUGCUGUUCUUGAAAAGGCUAAAAUUGUUCAAAAGCCCACCCUCGACCUCAUCCGAGACAACACGGUCUUCUUUGGAUCCUUCGGCGGUGGAUUCCUUGUUGGAAUGUCCUUCUUCUAA